AUGGCCGACUUAUCGCACACCCGAACCCACGAUGGCAUGCUUGAGAACGCAGCGCAUACAGGCCUUUCGGAGGACGUUGCGCCCGAAGACGAAGAACUAGGCAACUCGUCAUCCUCAAGAGCAGUCGUCUUUGCAGAUGUCGAAAAUGCAGGAAGCGACGGAGCACGUGAGCAGCCACCAAAACGCAAAAAGCGAAGAUUGGGAUUAGGGAAGAAGAGGGAGAGUUACAGCCAUACGCACUACAAAGUGUACAAGAGACGCUGGAUUGGCCUGGGACAAUUAGUGUUGUUGAAUAUUGUCGUCAGUUGGGAUUGGUUGACUUUCGCCCCCAUAUCUACAACCUCAUCUCUCUACUUCCGUGUCCCAGAAUCAACUAUCAACUGGCUCAGCACCGCCUUCCUCUUCGCCUUCGCUGCCACUUGUCCCUUGACUAUCUAUCUGCUCCACCGCGGCCCCAAACCAUCCAUCAUCGCCGCCUCCAUCUUACUCCUAGUCGGAAACUGGAUCCGGUACGCGGGCACCAAGACAAACUCCUUCUUCAUCCCUUCGCGCCCUCCAACACCGCCCUCCGCCUCCUCCGCCAUAAGCAAAAUCCCCGUCUUAACCUCCCUCGCCACUAUGCUACGCACCCCUUCCUUCUAUCUCGUUUUCUUCACCUUUGGCAUCUACACAGGCUUCUUCAACGCCUUCACUUCUCUUCUAAAUCAGGUCUUGUAUCCGUACGGCUAUACAGAAGACGAAGCCGGCAUCUGCGGUGCGGUGCUCAUCGUUGUCGGAUUAGUAGCGUGCGCCAUCACUUCCCCGAUUGUAGAUCGGACACACGCGUACCUGGUCGGAAUCAAGAUUCUGUGUCCCGUCCUAUCGAUAGCUUAUCUAGCGAUGAUUUGGGCGCCGCAGACACGUACUAUUGUCGCGCCAUACGUGCUGUCUGCGGUGUUGGGCGCAUGUUCCUUUUCCCUCCUACCCAUUGCGUUGGAAUACCUCGUGGAAAUUACCUUCCCGGCUUCCCCAGAAGUCUCGUCAACGAUAUGUUGGGUAGGUGGCCAAGUGUUUGGCGGUAUCUUCAUCGUUAUUAUGAACGAGCUCAAGGACGACAGGCCUGUGGAUCUGGACGCUGUACAAAAGGCGGGCAGGGGUGAGGCAGCGCGAGGAGGGGAUAGACCGCCUGGGCAUAUGUUCUGGGCUUUGGUCUUCCAAGCGGUCAUUUGUGCUGUGGUGUUGCCAUUGCCGCUUAUGUUGGGAGUGGAAAGGCUGGGGUUUGCGAGUCGGGAGGGAAGAUUGAAGAAGGAUGUUGACGGCGAUAGUGUUGUUGUUGGUGGUGGGGAAGCGCGUGAUGAGAGUCUUCAGGGAGCGGGAGCGGGAGCGGAGCAAUGA